AUGCCAGAUUUAUUUGAUAAUUUCUUUGGCAAAAUAAAUCACGCUGUUAGUGGUAAAACCCCAACUCAUUACGGACUUUCAUCCCAAGUUAAUUCAGGAAGAUAUUAUAGUUAUCAUACUAAUAGUACCAAUAAUAAUUAUUGGAUGCCUAGGGAUGAUAAAAUUAAAGUUAUGAAACAAGAUCAUGAAGAUAAGAUGAAUCCUGAAAUGCAAACUCCAAGACCCAGAAUGGGAAGUGAUGCUAGUGAUAUGGAAAGAAAAGGUAGUGUUCUGUCACAAGCUUCAGAUUAA